UUGUACGUACAUAUACGUAGUAGCCCCUCGUAAUUGUCGUUCUUUUUCGAGCUUCCGUCCCAACUCUUGAAUCAGUCUCUUCCCAACUUUACAACCAAUAGUCCAAAGUGGUCAAUUGGUCGUCUCUUUCCUUCAUCUGUUCUUUUCGAACCCCUUGUAGACCUUACCAUCAGACACGUUCAUCAAGGUCAUCAUGUCGGCCGAACUCCAGAAUCUCAAGGCCCAAUACGAGAAAGCUGGCCAGGGCCAUGUUUUCACUUAUUUCGACUCCCUAAGCCAGCCCGAGCAAAAGGCUUUCCUCGAACAACUUCAGAAGAUCGACCCUGCCAGAGUCCAGAAGCUACGAGACCUUGCUUUAAACCCUCCGAAGGAGCAAGGACAAGCGGUCGUUGAGCCCCUCCCCGACUCGGCCAAUGCCAGUAUUAUCGAUUCGAAGCCCGAAGAUAUUCAAAGAUGGUACGACCUCGGUCUAGAGUUGAUCGGAAAGGGCGAAGUUGCCGUGGUCCUACUAGCCGGUGGUCAAGGCACUCGUUUGGGGAGCAAGGCACCAAAGGGAGCUUUCGAUAUUAAGCUUCCUUCCCACAAGUCUCUCUUCCAGAUACAGGCCGAACGAAUCUUAAAGAUUCAAGAAUUAGCUGCCAAGAAGGCCGCAGACCCUAGCAAGGCUGUGAUUCCCUGGUUUAUCAUGACCAGUGGACCGACACGCGGACCAACUGAGAAGUUCUUCAAGAAGGAGAAGCUUGAUGAGCUUAGUGACGAGGAGAACGCCAACCGAGCCAAGGGUGUUCCUUACUUCGGCCUGGAUCCGAAGAAUGUAACCAUCUUUGAGCAGGGUGUGCUUCCUUGUAUUACAAAUGAUGGGAAAUUUAUGCUCGCGAGCAAGGGGAAGCUUGCGGUAGCUCCUGAUGGAAACGGUGGUCUGUACAAGGCGCUGCAAGAUGAAGGUGUCCUUGAAAAGAUGCGCCCAAACAUCAAGCACGUCCAUGCGUACUGUGUAGAUAACUGCCUGGCAAAGGUUGCCGACCCCGUCUUCAUUGGUUAUGCGGCCGAGAAUAAAGUUAAGAUCGCCACAAAAGUCGUGAGGAAGCGAGAUGCCAAGGAAUCAGUUGGUCUCAUUAUCCAGAAGAAUGGCAGGCCCGAUGUGGUGGAAUACUCGGAAAUCGACGACGCUACCCGUCAAGCAGCAGACCCCAAACAACCCAACAUCCUCAAGUUCCGUGCUGCUAACAUUGUCAACCACUACUACUCGUUUGAAUACCUCGACAGCAUGGGUGAUGCGGUAAACAACCUGCCGCCUCACGUUGCUCGAAAGAAGAUCCCAUUCUUCGAUACUGAGAAGGGCGAGGCUGUCGACCCUAAGACCCCCAACGGUAUCAAACUAGAGCAGUUCGUCUUCGACAACUUCAAGUGGCUGAACCUGAACGAGUUUGCUUGCUUCGAAGUUAAGCGAGAAGAGGAGUUCUCUCCGUUGAAGAACGCAGACCCGGCCCAAAACGCCGACGGUACAUUCGAGAAGCAGCCCGAAGACAGCCCUGCUACUAGUCGUAAACACAUCAAGGAACAAGGCCGACGAUGGGUGGAAGCUGCCGGCGCAACGGUCAAGAACGGAGAUGUCGACGGCGGCCUUGAGGUUUCGCCGCUCACAAGCUACAGCGGCGAGGGCCUAGAGAGUUUCAAGGGACAGACGAUUGAGAAAUUGUCGAUUUAGAUUUACCAUGAUACUAAUGUGACACGAUAAAUAAAAGGUAGAUGAAAUUUUGGGACCCAAGAAAAAGGUAGAAAUAUGGCUGGCUAUCCCAUCCUCACUUUUGGGAAGCUAUUAGACCCGCGGGGUCAUGGUUGAAGGUUCAAAGCUCGGAAUUCAAUGAAGUAAAUAUCCAAGGCUAACGAUUUGGGUUUUGUUCAAUCCAUGCUGCAUUGUGAAGAUGUUAUGCGAGAAGAAGACAGGUUGUAAUGGCGCGUGCUAUAUCCAAGGCCUGCCCAAUCAAGUCUAUCCUCUCAACUAGCACCAGUCGUUAACAUCCUCUUAACUGGUAACAGUACGUAAAGUCUUACUGAAUAAGGCAAAGUGGCUCGUACUGGAUCAAAUCAGUAAAUUGUUAUGCGGAGUUAAAAGAAAAUUCAACUGCUUUUGUCUUUCGCUAGUAGAGGCCGUAGUACAGUCAUAGAUAGCAUGGCCUACGAAUUUGCCUCAUGGUAAAUUCUACUAAAGACG